AACAAUGCACUAACACCAAAUUACCAGCGACGUCAAAUCAGACAGAAGAUUGAAGGAACGUCUUCAACCUCCGACCAGCAUCUCUUGCGACUCUUCUAUCCUGUACUUCCAUCGACACACUGGACGGCGAACCGAAGAUUGUUAUUUUUUAACCGGUAUCCCACCUUUUGCACCUAAACUUGUCGAACAAAAAGCUCAUUUUUUUUCGCUAAAGCGUGUUGUUCUGUGGGUGUUCCUUCGACACUUUACUCUCCAACUCACCGACUUUCCGUGGUCACUUAUUCCAUUCCAUAGGAACGUUGCUAUGGCGUUUGAGUUGGAUCCUUUGGACGAUAUAUUUGCUGAAGACACUGCGAAAAAUGCUGCAGCUCGGGUCGGUGGUAAGUUUCAACCUAAGGCAAAGCAGAAACCAUCAAGAAAGGGCUCAGCUGCAACCUCGGUUUCUUCCUUACAGCCAGUCCCAACCACUGAUGUCAUUGAGCACGAAUCAAGUGUGAUUCUCAAGACCAAUAAACAUUCAGAGCACUGUUUCCAUCGAGAUGAUCAAAAGAACUCCAUAUCUGUCACCCUCUCAUCCCAAAAUAUUGUUACAAUAGACAGAGCAAACACCACUGCUGGCUUGGUGUCAGAUUCAGAUGUUUUCAUGCCUGAUGGCAAUUGUAGUUGGCAAUCUAACUUUGACAAAUCAGGAGAGAAUGGAGACAUACUUCUUGGGUUGGAAUCACUAGAUGAUUUUCUUCCUCAUGCUACGGCUGAUAUGGAAACCAUUGCAGACGGUUCUACUCCUUCAGAGGCAGCAUCAGCUGAUGUCCCUUGCACCAAAAAUGCAGGACUUCCUAUUCCAGUUAUUUCCUCUAUCAAUGCUUCCACCUGUCCUCAACAGUCAGCGGUCCAAGAUCCUUUAACUGGUGGGGAACCUAUCAUUUCAAUUAGUUAUGAUGGUGAUCACAUGGACAAUAGAGUGGUGGAAACAGAGGAGAUGGAUAUCAUGGAUACUCAAGUUUUGUCUGACUUAGCAACUAGUUUUGGACGGUGCAGUAGAAAAUUUCAACCAAAGCCGAAAAUACAGAUGCAGAAUAAGAUACAUGAAGCCAGCACUAUCAAUGCUGAUGGAUUGGAGUCUGCAUCAUGUCUACAGGAUUCACAGUCGAUUCCUUCUGAAAUUAAUUUUGGGGAUAAAUGCUCAAAUCCUGCAUUUUCACAGGAUGAUAUUCUGGAUCUUUCAGCUGUGGGAUUCACUCAUGCUAUUCCCUCAGAAUCUAUGGCUGAACUUAUUGUGGAUGAGGAUCCAAUAGAUCUCAUGGAGACUUCUCAGUUGAAUCCUGGCUUCAUUAGAGACCAUCCAGAGUUUGUUCCAAAAAUGCCAGCGGAGCUUAGCCAUGCACGGACUAGAAAAAGUAAAGCUCGCACCCCAAUUCCUUCUCCAGAGCAGCAAAAUGCAUCCACAUCUGGCCAGGAGAAUGAAGCUGGUAGAUCUUUGAGGCCACGGAAAAAUAAAAGAAAUCUAUUCCAGCUAGUAGAUGAAUUUGAUGACGAGUUCCAUGUUGAUGGAGAAUUUCCAGCUGAAUGCCCUAGCAGUUCUGUUGCAGGUGAGGACAACAUUUCUGACAAGAAAUUUCAAGUGGAAAAUGAAUCCCAGAGAAAAAAGGUGAAGAGGAAUUCUGUGAAGCCCAUUAGUGAUAAAGAAAAACCAGCUGGAAAGCAGAAGAAGCCGAAUGAAACAUUGGAUCAGGCAGCAAAAUUAAAACCUAAAAAGUUCUCUCACUCUACACUUAAGAGACGACGAGUGGACAAGGUUUUGCUCGAAACUCCUGAGGAUGAGAUUGACUUCCAAAAGGUGCCUCUUAGGGAUUUAAUUUUGCUUGCGGAGCACAAGGAGCAGCUGCAGAAAAAAGAGGCAACAACUGGAGUACCCUCUACUAAUCAGAGUAAUGGUAAUCCCUCGGAGAACUAUAAUGAGGAUGAGCCCUUUGCAUCUGAACGAGAUGGAGAAUAUGACCGUGAACAAGAAAGCCAAAGGGUUGAAGAAAGCAACAUAUACUUCAAUUAUCAGACUUACAUGGACAGGACUCCUAGAGUAAGAUGGUCAAAACAGGAUACAGAGUUGUUCUACGAGGCAAUACAGCAGUUUGGGACAGACCUUUCUAUGAUACAACAACUUUUUCCUGGUCGUACCCGCAACCAAGUUAAGCUGAAAUACAAAAAGGAAGAACGACAGCAUCCGAUGAGGCUUCGUGAAGCUCUGACUAACCGUGCUAAAGAUCAUUCCCAUUUUGAAAAGGUUAUUGAGCAUUUACAACAAAUUGCUGCAGAGGAAAAACAGAACAGCAAUAAAGACGACUCCAUAGAUUUGACUGGCAAUGAAGAUGCUGAGGAGGGAAGUCAUGAAGCUAAUGAGGAAGAACUGAAGGUGGAACGUGAAGGAGGAGAAAAUGAGUAUACGGCUCAAGAAUUUACGGAAAUUCAAAGUCCUGUGAAGUCUUGUGAUAGCGAAGAUGAUUAUUAUCUAUGGAGUCAAUACAAGAGUGAUAUAUGACAAGUCCAAGAUCAGAAGGACAUUCGAACUCCCAGAAACAGGCUGCCGAGACAUACCAUGUUCCAAUGGACUAGAGAUGAGCUGUGUGUUCAAAUCGAUUCAAUUGUUUUUGUGGAAUUAAUAUUGACACAUCACUGACAUUCUUCCUCAGCAAGAGGACUAGAGUCCGAUUAUAACUUCAUAUGCAGAUUCCCAUUCCCUCGAGAUGGAAUCUGCCUUGCUUCAGCAAGAAGCAAUGAGAAGUUAUUCAGCUUCAACAGAAGCAGGCACAUAAUUUAAAGUUUCCUCAGCAUACGACGUCCCCAUAUAACCCGAUGGAUAAGUUUUUCCAAGUCAAUCGUGUCCGAGGGAAAGGCAAUGUAUUCUUGAAACAAUUUUACACUGUCAACUGAUUGUUUAUAGGUUUAGUCCAGGACUCUAUCGGCUGUAGGGUCGUUACUACAUUCAUGUAACAUUUUGUAGGAUCUACAAGUAUUAUUUACUUUUUCACUGCUCAUUUUUAUGUGUUUAUAAACAUUACCCAUACAUACUAAGUCUUCAGUCUCAAGUAAUGUGCCAGUUUGGUGGUAGUAAUUUAUCUGCAGCUUGUAAAUUGUUAA